AUGAACGGACUCCUUAUUUCUAUAUUUGUCAUCUUGGGCGUUUCUCGAUCUCAAGGAGUGCUGCAGGGAGAUGUCCAUCUUGGAGGAUUGUUUCAAUUAUUUAGUGAUGGGGAAUGUAAAAAUGACAUAAAUGAAAUGUCUGUUCGAAACUUUGAGGCUGUGAAAUGGACACUCAACAAACUAAAUCAGGAUAAAUAUAUUCCAGGAAUAAAACUUGGGAUCGAAGUGUUUCCAACAUGCAAUGUUCAGGGUAAAGCUGUGGAACAUGCAAGUAAAAUAAUAAACAGAAGGUUUACGAAACAAACAGAUGAAAGUGUGGCACCUAUCAUAGGGAUAAUCGGUCCAGAGUACAGCCACGAAGCUGUAGAUACAUCGUUAUAUAUAAGCUCAUUGGAAAAGAAUAACGUAGUCCUACAAACACUCUUCUCUGCAACCGCUUCAGCUCUGAGAGAUGGGAAUAAAUAUCAAAAUAUUCUGAGAGUAGUUCCUGAUGAUACCAAACAAAUAUCAGUCAUCAUAUCUCUAUUACAAAAACUUGAAUGGAACUACAUUGGUGUCAUUUACGAAAACAAUACAUAUGGAAUAGGUAACUUUGAAGAUUUUAGAAUACAGACUAAAUCAAGACAGAUAUGCAUUGCAUACGCAUCAGCUGUAUCCAUGGAAAAUGGUCUUGUAAAAUCCCAAGAACUACAAACACUUAUAGAGUCAGUAAUUUUUCAUAUUGAAAGUAGAAUUACAGGAGUAAUAGUAUUUGCUUCAACCAAAACUGCCAAAGUGUUUCUUAAUGUUGCCAACAAACUCAAAGAUCAGUACAGUUUUCGACUUGGAAUCAUCUUUUCUGAGGGCUCCAUUAACAUAGAUAAAGCGACUUUAAACCAGUAUCGUGUAGCAAAGGGUUCUUUUUUCACUAGUCCUCCUUGGUUGUCAUCUGAAAGUUUUCAAUUACAUUGGUCGAAUGUUAUGACUAAUAAAACAGCUUUCAAUCAAGAGGUCUCCUCCAAUCCCUGGUUAGAGAAUGUUGUCGAGAAGUUUAUUUCUUGUGAUAUUCGGGACGAUAACUGUUUGAUGCCAACUUUUUCCAACGUGAAUUCUGUUACUGGUGACAAUGUGUUUGAAGGUUACGCAAUCUUAUCUGCUAUACUACAAGCCAAAAUUCUUAAAGACCUCCACAGAGAAGUAUGUGGAGAAGCUGAGGGCUUGUGUCCCAACCUCAACAGCACGUUGUGGAAUAAUAGCUAUAAACUUGUAGAAAGAGGUAGAUAUACAAACAUAAGUUUAAAGGAAGAUAUUCUGAAGAUUUACGACAAGACAUUGAAAGUAACGUUCAAUGGAAAAACUGAUGGUAAUAUUGAAGGAGAUAUAUAUGAAUAUGAAGUGUAUCACUUCCGAAAUUGCAUUCUUAGAAGUCAUGAAAUGUGUUUGGAAAGCGUUGGAGAAUACAGCAAUUCAACAUUUUAUUUAAAUACAAACUUAUUGAGAGAUUAUACAAAAAACGAUAAUGGCUUAGCUUGGCCUGAUAUCAUAAAGGCUCAGUGUGAUAAUGAGAAGAAAUGUGUAUCAUGCCGGAAUAGUAACCUGGCAAAUGAAGUUAUUUUUAAAGAAGGUGAUAUUUAUGUGGCUGCAGUGGUCCCUGUCUAUAACAAAGACAUAUACGACCCUAUGAGGUGUGGUAAUAUUCGUACAUCAAAUGGAUGGGAGGUUGUAGAAGGAAUUCGGUUUGCAAUAGAUACAGUGAACGGAAAACUUGAUAGUUUUUCUAAUAUGUUUGGAAGAAAGAAAAUCGGAUACGUCAUUUUUAACAGUUGUAAUCAGCCUCUGCUAAUUCAAGCAAAACUCCUCAACUUUUUCAGAGAAGGUCUAUAUUUAUCAGAUGGUUCUCUUAUUUCAGACAUUACAAAUAAAACCCUAGGGUUUGUUGCUGCCUAUGGUAGUACCAUCAGCAUAGCAACAGCUAAUGUGCUUCAAGAACUAAAUCUUCCUCAAAUCAGUUACGCAUCCACCGCUGCUGUGUUAAGUGACAAAUCUACCUACAAAUAUUUCUUGCGGACAUGCACUCCUGAUGAUAAACAAGCCCUCGCAAUGAUAAGCAUUGUAGAAACACUUAAUUCGUCGUACAUUCAAAUAAUAUAUAGUGAAGGAACCUAUGGCGAAGGUGGAAGGAAUGCAAUUGUGCUUGCAGCUAAGGAUAAGAAGAUAUGCAUUUCAAAUGAAAUCAAAGUUAAAGAAAAUCAAUAUAAAAAGAUUCGUGAUGAUCUUCACAAAACUCCGUAUGCUACUGUUGUCCUCCUCUUUUUAAGAAGUCAUGUUGUACAAGAUGUUAUGGACGAGCUUCAUGAAACAAUAAAUCCUUGGUCAUAUCUUUUUAUAGGUUCCGAGGCAUUUGGAACACAAGACAUACUUUCUGGUAAACACAAGCUAGAAGGAACUAUUACUUUGUCUCUCCAAAUGAAACCAGUAACUGGGACAUCUAAAUUUGAGAAAUAUCUGCACGAUAGACUUGCUGAUGUUGAUAACGAUGUAAACCCUUGGACAAAAGAAUACUUUGAACAGAGAAAUGCUUGUUUCCUGUCUGGCAGCUUUAACAAACUCUUUGCUUCUCAGUGUACGGAUAUUAAGGAAGAAUUUAACAAUAAAGACUACCAACCAGAACUAUGGACUGCCUUUGCAAUCAAUGCGAUGUUUUCUCUUCUACAAGGAACAAAUAAGUCAUUUGGUGAACUAUGUGGCAGUCAGUCUUCUAAUUUAUGUCAAAGGCAUCGAGAUUCUCCACAAAAGGUUUACGAUAUGAUUAAGAAUGAAAAACUCGUGAUUGAUGACAGCGGAAUUCCGUCUAAAGUUUUUGAUGAGAACGGUGACGGUAAUAUAGGAUACAAAAUAUACCAAGUACAGAGAAAAUCCUCAGAUGCCAGUCAACUGACAUUUGUUGAAAUAGGCCGGUAUACCUUGGAUGAGAAUGGAUAUUCAGUAUAUGAGAAGGUAAUAAAAGAUCCAUUCAAGACGUUGCCAUCAAAAUGUCCCAAUCCCUUAGAGUGUCAAAAAUGUAGUGAGCAGGUCAACAACCAACCAAUCAGUCCUUCGUUAAUGAGUGAGGAGAAUUCUAUUUUGCCCUUGGUUUUGGGUGUUCUCCUUGGGCUAGCUGUUCUAGCAUUGGUAGUAGUAAGCGGAGUGUUGUUUAAAGUUCGUCGAGGUUGUGAACAAUCUUCAGAUGACCCAUACCUUGAUCCAAGAUUUUCGAGUUCUCUGGGGACUGACUCGAGAGAUUCUGGCUACUGUGUGAGUCCAAACUUAGUGGAAAAUGUUCAAAAUGUGGAAAAUAUGUCAGAUCUUCAGACACAGAGACAACAAUACUUAAAAAAUGCCGCUUACCAAGGAGAUUAACACGUUUACAAUGGUUAAACAUGCGAGAUACAGUAUCAGAUUAAGUUUUAUGAUUAUGUUGAAUAUCCUACAGUGUUUUCAGCAUGAAAUGGCUAGCUAUGCAUCAUGCUUGUAUCAUGGAAUCUACAUGUAUGCAAGAUUUCUUUAUUUGCUAUUUUGCUUAUUUAUCUUUUUUAUUAACGUAUGUACGCGUAAAAAUGCAUAUUAGUUAUGUUUUAAUCAAUUCGGAGAGACGCAAAGAGAAGGGUAUUUCAUAUUCAAGUUUUUGGUAUUUCUUGCAAAAUACAUUUUGGAGUGUAUGAAUAUUCCUUUUUUGGACAUGUAUAUUAAAGAUUUCUUUUUUCUUUGACAUUUUAUAUAUAAAUAUGAGAAUUAUUUGAAAGUGUUUUUUUUGUACAUGCACAUUUUCCUUCGAAAUAAAAUCA